AUUUUAUUUAAUCAUGUACCUAUCAGCAAGAACACAAGGAAGAUUAGCAAACUUAAUCAUCACAAUCGCAGAAGGUGAAAAGAAAACAGAGAUGGUGCGUUAAGUGUUAGCAGAACAAAAAAUGUUCGAACCAUAUACUGCCUUCAGAAGAUUGGAUCAACUUAGAACAGGAGAAUUAACUGUUUCUGACAUAGUAGAGUUCUUGGCGGAUAAUAAAAUUUAUCCAACCAAGGUCCAAUCUGAUUAUCUCUUUAGGAGACUCGAUCUUAAUAGAGAUGGAAGAAUCACUUAUCCUGAGUAUUAUAUUUUGUAAUGUGAUUAGCUUCGUUAAAGCCAUAUUGCCAAAAGAAGACUCGAGAUUGAGACAAAUUGCAUCCCUUAGAGACAGUUACUACAUUGAAGUCAAUAUGCUAUUACCAACUGAAGUAGAGUGGGGCCUUUCUAGAGUAUUCUAAUAGGAAAUUUAGAACUAUAAGUAAUGAUAUAAACUAUAAUUCAGUUCAAUAACAGCUGCCUAAGAAAUAUUAACAACUAGCGCUGACUUCACAUCUCUAGAUGCAUUUAGAUGCAUUGAUUAAGUAUAUUUGGGAUAUAUUACCAUUGAUACGUAAUAGAUUUAUAAUAAAAAAUAGUCUCCAAGAUUUUUUAAGAUAAAAUGGAGCUAAAUUGUCAUUUGACGAAUUGACAGCCUUUUUCAGAGUUGUUGAUUCAGACGAGGAUGGAAGAAUAUCCUACUCAGAAUUAUUAGAGGCAUUAACCUUUGUCCCAGAUUUCUUCCAACAAGAGAGAUAAAUAGCUAAUGAAUUGAGAAGAAGUAGAGAGAGAAUCAUUCAAAUCGAAAGAGAAAGGGAAGUCUUAGAAGAUUUAAAGAAAAGCAGAGAGAGAGUAGAAGACCUAAGAAGAAGCAGAGAAAGAUUGGAAUAUAUGUAGGAUUUGAAGAGAAGCAGAGAAAGAAUUGAGUAACUAGACGAGCUAAGAAGAAGUAGAGAAAGAUUGGAUGACCUUAGAAGAAGCAGAGAAAGAUUGGAGGACUUAAAGAAGAGUCGUGAAAGAUUAAGCCAAUUAGAGGAAUUAAAAAGAAGUAGAUAGAGAAUGGAAGAAUUAGAAGAAUUAAAGAAAAGUAGGGAAAGAUAAGCCUAAAUUGAUGAAUUAAGAAAAAGCAGAGAAAGACUCGAGGAUUUGAGGAAGAGUAGAGAAAGAUUGGAACAAUUAGAAUAGGAGAGAAAGAAUUAAGAAAAGAUUGAAGAACUCAGAAAAUCAAGAAGCAGGAUUGAAGAAUUACAAAAGCAAAGAAGAAAAGUAGAAGAAUUAAGAACCAGCUAGGAGAGAUUAGAAUAAUUAAAGAAACAAAAAGAAGAAAUUGAGUUAAGAAGAAGUCAAGAGAGAUUAGAGGAUUUAAGAAAAAGCAGAGAAAGACUUGAAUAAAUUGAGGCUUUGAGAUAAAGUAGAGAAUAACAAAGAGCAUUGGAAGAAUUGAGAUAAAGCAGAGAAAGAGUAGAGUAGUUGAGAAAGUCUUAAUUGAGAAUUGAGUAAUUAGAAAAUGAAAGAAAGGUACUUGAGAGAAGCAGACAAUUAGAGAGAGUAGAAAGAGAAUUAGAAUAUGAAAGACAGAGAAGCAAAGAGAGAUUAGAAAGAUUGGAAUUAGAAGCUGAAUUAGAAAGAAGAGCUAGAGACAGGGCAUUAGAGUAUGAAUUUGCAACAUAAAGCAACUUUGUUCAAAGCAGAAUAUAUGAUACUCCAAAGAGAUACAAAUGA